AUUCUUUUCAGUGAUGUCGUGGAAAUCAGAUGGCCUGACCCUGCUACAGCUGAUCUGACAAAACAUAUAGACAAUGGCAUUGUGCAGAUCUCGUCAGUUGAUGGUUAUGCUCACCUUUACCUGUCAGAACUGCCGCAGGAAUUUACAGUGGACUUCUUGUGCAAAGUCAGCCAGUCACUUGCACCAUCCUUAUGGUCCUCUGCAAAGGACAGCAACUAUCAAACCAGAGAUCAAUAUGGAAAAUCAAGUAAAAGUUCUAUUGCAGAAAUUUCAUUGAAACAAACAAGAAUAGCAAACAAGAAGAAUGAACAUGUUUGUGCUGAAGGUAAAUGCAGAGAACCAACAAAACCAACACAGCAGAAAGACAGAGAUGGAGUCCCUUUGUUAUACAGAGAUGGUUCUUUUGAAUACACAUGGGUUACACAGCACUGGUCUGUUUCCUCCUACCCUGAAGAAUGGAAAUACCCUUUGUCAUUGGCACUACUGUGCUCUAACUUAAAUGCUGUUCAGAAUGUAACGAAGGCACGUGAAAAAAACAACCAUACAUCUACAGCAGCUGAUGUUUUAACAGCCCCUGAAACCCAUGAAACAGUUUCUCGUUUACCUACAGCUCUGCCUCUCAGCUGCAGAGCUCCACAUUUACACAGAUUUAUCCAUGGGAGGACAGACAUCGCAGAAAUUUAUCCUGGUGAUGACUCAUUUUUCAAGUCAGAGGGAGCACUUCUGGGAAACUAUUUCAUACAUUAUGCAAUCCAAAAAGGAACAAAAAAGAGAGAAGAGAAGAUGUAUUCAGCAAACAGCUUACCUCCUGAUGUACCAGGAAGUCUGUACUCUGUGUCUUCCAUUAUUACUGAGGCAAACAAAAUACUUCAAUAUUGCUACAAGACUAAGCUAUCAUUAACUCAUAACUAUUAUCUCUGCUGCUGGAAAAUGGUACCUGAGACAGAUGGACGAGAAACGUUGCCUGUUGUGUUGUGUGAAAAGACUAUCCCCAGCAUAGGAAGACUUGUUGUGUACUCAGAUCAUAAAGUGCAUGCUGCUUUUUGGGAUGGCAUAGCCUUGAACAUGGUCUGGGAUUUCACUUCUUCGUGUAGUAAGAUUCAGGUAAAUGAAGAAGUAGGCUGGUGUAAGUUAACUACUGCUGACGGGGUGCAGCAGCUAAUACCAAUCAGUCAUCCUGGAAUCUAUGAAAGGUACAUCAGAACAGCCAUAGAAUGGUGCAGAAGUUUGAAUGAAAGGAAGGAGAUUCCUGAAUACGCUGCACACUCUGUAAAUGAAGAAAAUUGGUCUGCUGAUGCUGAGCUUGAAAAAAUACAGAGAUUUAACUUUUUAUUGGAUAAUAGCAAUAUUCUGGAAAGGAUAUCUACUGCAGAAACCAAUCUGUCUGGUGUCACCGUCAGAAAAACAGAAGAUGGGAGUGAGCUGGAAGCAAUCAGUGAAGUGUGUGUCCUGGAAGCGUUGGAAAAAACUUCCAAAGUAAUUCAGGAUAUUGAGUCUCUACUUGCAGCUUCUGGGAAGCAAAGCCUCAUAGCACACGAAGAUCAGUGUUCA